AGGACGUCCGUCAGCCUCAAUGCAACAACCUCCGACGACUCACCGAACAUCACCUUGGGCAGUCUCGAAUCGUUCAUCUCAAUAUUGACAGCGUCAAGCUCAGUUUCUCCUCCUCCGUCCAAAUCCUCAAUUUUGAGUGGCCAUUUUGCUGCCGCUGAAUCAACGGUGCCUGUCUUGGGUGGCGGGGUUCUUCCACCAAAGACGACUCCGGAGACCGUACCCCCAGGAACCCCACCCGGUGAACUACUUCUCUCCAUCUCCACCGACUCAUACGAAUACCUACCUACCUUAUCAACAUCCUAGCACGAUAGAGCAUAAUUAUCUUGACCCGGACAACUGCAGUUGAAGCAACGUCCCAGCGUCUCAGCGUCCAACGUCCAUCUCCGGGGAGCGCCUCCGGCAAACCCGCAACGAUGUCGGAAGAAAGGACGAUCCGCAUCUUUUGCUUCGGUGACUCGCUGACGGCGGGGUAUUCGGCCUACGGCGCCGUCUACCAUCCGUACUCCAUCACCCUCGCCAAGAAGCUCUCGCGGGAUCUCUCGAACACGCGUGUUGUCGCGACCGACAACGGUAUGCCCGGGGACUUGGUCUCGCAGGGCGCCUUUGAGAAGCGGUUCGAGAGCGAGAUGAGCCAGAACACAUAUGACUGGGUUAUCGUAUUAGGCGGCACGAAUGAUCUCGCCUACAGCGUACCUCCAGAAAGGAUAUUCGACUCCCUUCGCCGGGUCUACGACUCGGCCGUAGCCAAGGGGAGCAAAGUCCUCGCCCUUACAGUCCCCGAACGCGCCGCCAAGAAUGAAGGGCUCGAAACUCUCCGGCGACAGCUCAAUAACGCCAUCCUCUCAUACCAGUCACCUAACUACCACGCCUUCGACCUCAAUUCCAGGAUUCCCUACCACUCUCUGACCGAGCGGGAACGCAAGCGGUACUGGGAUGACGGCCUACACCUAACGGCCGCCGGCUACGACUGGAUGGGCGCCCACGUCGCCGAGGCUCUCGGCGACCUCGUCGAGCUGGAACGGAACCCGGAUUCGCGGAGGGCGCGGCGCGCGCGGCGCCACAUCGAGGAGGAGAUCUGCUUCGACGAGGAGGACGGCGAUCCGCGGUCGCUCAGCGGAGGGUAUGUGGUCGUGCGCAUGAGAGACUUGAACUAGCUAGAUACCUUGUACUUCAUAUUUAAAGGAAACGUUGGUGGCGAAUGGACAUCGUCAUGUCUUCGUUUUCGUUAUCCCUUUCCUCGC